UGCAAUCCUCCAGGCCAUCAUGGAGUCGGCUGUAGCCAAUAACUGGCAGGUGACAGCCCGCUCGGUGGGGAACAUUGUGGACCCCACUGAGUACAGACGCAUCAUUGAGGAGAUGGACCGGCGGCAAGAGAAACGCUUCCUCAUCGACUGUGAGGUGGACAGGAUCAACGCCAUACUGGAGCAGGUGGUGAUCUCGGGAAAGAACAGCAGAGGAUACCACUACAUCCUUGCCAACUUGGGGUUUUCCAACGUGAGCCUGGACCGGGUUUUUUCUGGUGGAGCCAACAUCACAGGCUUCCAGAUCAUCAACCCAGACAGCGUAAUCGUCCAACAGUUCCUCCAGCGCUGGGAGCGCCUGGAUGAAAGAGAAUUUCCAGAAGCCAAAAACACUCCGCUGAAGUAUACAUCAGCACUGACCCACGACGCCAUCCUUGUGAUUGUGGAGGCCUUCCGGUACCUUCGGCGGCAGCGAGUGGACGUGUCUCGCAGAGGGAGUGCGGGCGACUGCCUCGCCAAUCCCGCCGUGCCCUGGAGCCAAGGCAUCGACAUAGAGAGAGCCCUCAAAAUGGUCCAAGUACAAGGUAUGACAGGAAACAUCCAGUUUGACACAUUUGGUCGACGAACUAAUUACACCAUCGAUGUGUACGAGAUGAAGUCAGGAGGCCCGAGGAAGAUCGGCUACUGGAAUGAGUACGAAAAAUUUGUAUAUAUAAUGGAUCAGCAGGUCACCAACGAGUCCUCUUCUGUGGAAAACCGAACAAUUGUGGUCACUACUAUUAUGGAAGCUCCGUAUGUGAUGUACAAGAAAAACUAUAUGCAGAUGGAGGGGAAUGACAGAUAUGAAGGCUACUGUGUCGAUUUAGCUUCUGAAAUUGCAAAACAUGUGGGGAUAAGAUAUAAGCUGUCAGUAGUCCCCGAUGGCAAGUACGGCGCCAGAGACCCAGAGACCAAGACGUGGAACGGCAUGGUGGGAGAACUGGUUUAUGGGAGAGCUGACAUAGCCGUGGCUCCUCUAACUAUAACACUGGUGCGGGAGGAAGUGAUAGACUUCUCUAAGCCCUUCAUGAGCCUGGGCAUCUCCAUUAUGAUUAAGAAGCCUCAAAAGUCCAAGCCUGGGGUGUUUUCCUUCCUGGACCCGCUGGCCUAUGAGAUUUGGAUGUGUAUAGUCUUUGCCUAUAUUGGCGUGAGUGUGGUGCUCUUCCUGGUGAGCCGUUUCAGCCCAUAUGAGUGGCAUCUGGACGAGAACGAUGAGGCCAAAGACCCUCAGAGCCCCCCAGACCCUCCGAACGACUUUGGGAUUUUUAAUAGCCUGUGGUUCUCCCUGGGCGCCUUCAUGCAGCAAGGAUGCGAUAUCUCGCCAAGGUCUCUGUCCGGGCGCAUCGUCGGAGGAGUGUGGUGGUUCUUCACCCUCAUCAUCAUCUCCUCCUACACGGCCAACCUGGCUGCCUUCCUCACCGUGGAGAGGAUGGUCUCUCCGAUCGAGAGCGCAGAGGAUUUGGCCAAGCAGACGGAGAUCGCCUACGGGACGUUAGACUCAGGCUCCACUAAAGAGUUCUUUAGGCGCUCCAAAAUAGCAGUUUAUGAGAAAAUGUGGUCUUACAUGAAAUCGGCAGAACCCUCAGUGUUUGCCAAGACAACACCAGACGGGGUUUCCCGGGUACGAAAGUCGAAGGGCAAGUUCGCCUUUCUGCUCGAGUCCACUAUGAACGAGUACAUAGAGCAGCGGAAGCCGUGCGACACCAUGAAAGUGGGCGGGAACCUCGACUCUAAGGGCUAUGGCGUGGCCACACCUAAAGGCUCUGCAUUAAGAAAUGCUGUUAACCUGGCAGUGUUAAAACUGAAUGAGCAAGGCCUCUUGGACAAAUUGAAAAACAAAUGGUGGUACGACAAGGGAGAGUGCGGCAGCGGGGGAGGUGACUCUAAGGUCAGCCUCAAUGUCACCAAAGUCGGGUAUCCUAGAACAGAGUAAUCGGCAAGGCUGUCGUCACUGACUCUAUAG